AUGGUCAGAUGACUGAAAAAAAAACUAUUUAAAACUCUAAUGAGCAACCUGAUACAGGUUCAUACACUUUCCUGGUACCUCCUAGUGAAGGAUUAAUACGUAAAACUUCCUCAGUUACUAAAGUUUGUCAAAAGAAUAACGAAAAUAUUUUAAAGCUUUGAACAUUAUGGUAGAGAAAUCAAUAAGAAUUGCAAUUUGCUUGUUAUGUUUUAUGCUGUGCCAUUCAUUCAGUGCCAUAGCCGGCGAUAACGCGCCAUUGAAAGAUGAUGCCAAAGACAGUUCGAUGGAUCCUGUGCUGCUUCAUGACCGAAUCAAGUACAAUAUGCGAAAGUCUUUGGAUCUUGAUGACGACGGCUGUUACCUUCAACCUGGGAAAAAGGAAAGCAUUGAGGAGUGUGGCUUCAAUGCAAGAGUUAAGACCAUUCUGAUCAUCCACGGCUGGACGAUGAGUGGGAUGUUUGAGAACUGGAUGCACAAGCUGGUGGCUGCUGUUCAGAGACGAGAGUCCAAGGCUAAUGUGGUGGUGGUCGAUUGGCUGGGCCUUGCCCACCAACUUUACCCUGAUGCUGUCAACCAUACCCACCGAGUUGGGAAGAGCAUCGCUUCGCUUUUGGAUUGGCUCCAGGAAGAAGAGAAGCUGCAGUUUGAGAACGUGCACAUGAUUGGAUACAGUCUUGGGGCUCAUGUUGCUGGAUAUGCUGGAACGUUUGUAAAUGGAAAUAUUGGACGUAUAACUGGUUUGGACCCAGCUGGCCCCAUGUUCGAGGGGACAGAUUCCCACAAGAGGCUUUCUCCAGAUGAUGCAGACUUUGUCGACGUCCUGCACACAUACACACGGGGAGCUUUGGGAGUCAGUAUUGGGAUCCAGGAGCCAAUUGGGCACAUUGAUGUAUAUCCCAAUGGUGGGGAUGUACAGCCUGGCUGUUCUUUAGGAGAUGUGCUGUCCACUGCUGCUGUAGGAAACUUUGUAGAAAUCAUGAAGUGUGAACAUGAGCGGGCAGUGCAUCUCUUCGUGGACUCCCUCAUGAACAAGGAUCAUGUCAGCUACGCCUUUCAAUGUACCGGCCCUGAUCGCUUCAAGAAGGGCAUUUGUCUCAGCUGCAGGAAGAACCGCUGCAACAGCAUUGGUUACAAUGCCAAGAAAAUGCGUAAGAGGAGAAACAGCAAGAUGUACCUGAAAACUCGCGCAGACACGCCUUUUGGCGGUUACCACUAUCAGAUGAAGAUGCAUGUGUUUGACAGGAAGAGUGCAGAUGAUUCAGAGCCCACUUUCUACGUCAAACUACACGGAUCCCACAAUGAUACCAGUAACCUCAGUGUAGACAUUGCUGAGGGAGUUGGUCUAAACCUCACAAACACAUUUCUCGUCUUCACGGAAGAGGACAUCGGUGAUCUGUUAAAAAUUUCACUUCGCUGGGAAGGCCCUUCUGAUUCUUGGUCAUCUGUAUUGAAACACUUCAGGUCAUCAUUCUGGUCCUGGUCGAGUACACAGGACAAAGUUCUGGAGGUUCGGAGGAUCAGAGUCAAAGCAGGAGAAACGCAGAAGAAGUUCACCUUCUGUGCUGAAAAGACUGAGAUAUCGCCAGGGCAAGAGAUUACAUUUGUUAAAUGCCGUGAUGGGUGGGAAGUAAAACCUAGAAAACGAUUGCACUACUGAGAGGAAGCACUGUUACCCAGGGACCCAAGGCGGCACAGGGCCUGAGCACUUUUGUUUGUUUUGGUACACAUUUGGUGGGAUAAGGCAUCAUAUCUGUUUUGGUGGGUAGAACACAACUCGUGUUGCUCAAAAAUGCCAGCUCAGAUGGGUGAUUGCUGGUUACUGGACUUGCUCAGGGCAUUUUUUUUUUUUUCUACCAGUGGGCUGUUUUGGAUUGUUUGAGAUUCUAGGUCUUCAUCUUUUGAUACUAUAUUUGUAUGUUUUCUAUUGUUGCAUUCAGAACAACCGUUUUGUGGAUCUCAAAUUCUUUCUUAACAGCGCAAUGCUUGUUAUAUAUAUUUUUGUAUGUUUUUAACUUAUGAAGGAAAAAAAAGCACUGUAAAAACCAAGCUUAUUUAUCAACCUAAUGCACACCUUGUACCAAGGCAUAAAUUAAUUCUCUCCCAAGUUACCUGGUGACCACUUUUAUGUGUGUUUGUGUCUGUGGAUUUCAAUAGAAAGAAGGAUUUUAUGUGAAUUCACAGUAUUAUUUAAGGUCAGAAGAAUGGAGAGAGCCGCUCUGUUUGUCUUCGUAAAAAUGUUGCACAUUUUGUGCCUUGUUGUGUACAUGUUUAUGUAUAUAAUGUUUAUAUAAAAUGUAAUGAUGAUAAUUUGUAAUAAAAUUACUUGGAAUUCA